CAUUUUGGAAUAUUUAAUUCAAGUUUUGCGGGAGUUGAAACAGCUUUAUCAUACAUAGUAAGAUUAAGGCAAAAUGUUAAAGUAUUAUCGGCACUUGAAAUUUCAUGUAUAAUAAAUUAGCUACUGUAGACACGUCAUAUCUGAGAUAUGAAAACCACCUAUUCAGCCGGAAUCUACGAUAUCAAAAUGAUGUGGACCAACGAUUUGUAUGCGUCCAUGUCAGUAGGCGUCGGCGAUGUCCAGUGAGACUAUGGCGUCUUAACAAUGGUAGAUUCUAUAGAAUUAAUGAUCACUAUCACAUUGACUUAGCACCAACUUCUGCAACAGCUCCUGUCAAAAGAGCACGCACACCUAGACCAAACAAUGGAAGAAAUCGAGCAAGAUCGAAUUCCCGCCCACCAAUAUGCGGAUCAGCCAACCUUGGUGUUUACUUCCUCACACACUAGUCAACAGAUGAGAUUUUUUAAGGUCAGGUUGAAAAUAAUAAUUCUAUUGGAUAUCUCUUCGGAAAUAAUGGGAGGUGUUGGAGUGGCAUAUCGAUUUAAUUUUCCAGGUGAAAUGGUAGCUGAUGCUAGAUCCAUCGACCGGUCUCUUCUUGCCCCGUGACAAAAGAUAGACGCUCUUCGAACGUUUAUUAUGCCGCGGAUUGAUUAUAUCUUGCGGGAAGGAAAGGUUGACAAGACACGGUUGAUCAUGGCUGAUAAAGUGCUGAGAAAGUUGGUGAAGGGCUGGAUACACCUUCCACAGCGCGCAAGUGCCGAAGUAGUGUCCUUGCAACCUUGGAAGGGUGGAGGUGGUAUCCUCCCGCUUGCGGACCUAGCGGUCAUUUCUGUCAUCGCUCAGGCUUUCAGGAUGUUAUCUUGUAAAGACCUCGAAAUGGCGGAAAUCACAAAGUCCUCACUUGAACAAGUGGUCCAGAGACGAACGAUUCACUAGCCUUCAAUGCAAGAAAUUGUACAGUAUCUCUCGGGUUCACUGGAAGGACCGUUCGCGCGGCACCAAGGUGACCCCAGUCUAUGGUCGAGAGUGCGGGUCACUACUAGGCGUCAAUCUAGUCGAUUUGGCCUGUUGUGGAAAUAGAGUGAUGCUAAUGAAGAGCUCGUACUUAAGUGCAAGGACGUUGAGGGGCGUUAUGUUUCAAUUGGUCCCAGCUCACGUUCGCUUUAAAUAUUAUUAAAGUCAUACCAUAAUUACUCAUUACUAAAUCGCUUCAUUUUCAAAUUAAUAUGGGGACCUCAGUGGAUUGGUCUGGAUAGAUCUCCUUCACGAAGCAGAUGUCAUUAAUCUUGAUGAGGAUGAUGAUGAUAAUGAUAUGAAUCACCAUAUGAUGAUGAUAUGAAUGAGAAAUCCAAAAUGAAUUCAGCAGCCAACAAACUCCAACAAGUUGAAGAACAUAUAAUGAAUGAUGGCCUGCUGUAUAUAUUCGAACACCGCAAUGCGUAUUCAACAAAAUACUAUUGCAAUUUUCGAAACAGUCGUCAAUGUUUAUGGUUAUGCCCGUUUGGCUGUGCCAGCUAUAUAGAGGCAAUCGUAUCGUGAUGAUGAACGUACACAACAAUCAUGCUGAUGAAGCUGCGCCGGUGGAAAGUAUCGAACAUCAAAAAGAAGGAGAAGAAGGUCACAAGCAAAAUUACAUCUCUCAUUUAAGACAAAGGACUACAGUGGUAAUUAGAGGUCGAGUGGGCAGACCGAGAACACUUUAAAAUUUGGUUGAGCUCAGCGCAAUGCUUAACAACUACUCAACAACAACAAACAUAUCAUUCCCAGGAACCCACAGCUUUCACACAUGCUUACUAUUCUUACACGUCGGAAAGAUAUUGCCAAGUCUAGCCACGAAGCAUGAGCUAGGUCUAGCAACCAGGACUGGUCUGGUGUUAUCAUUCUAGGUUUUUAUCAAGGCUAGGUAAAGGCUGGUUUACAAGCUCGGCCCAAGGUCCUACAUACGUGGGUCAAGCCUGGGCCCGUCGUACUUUCUUUUCUGGGUAUGUUAUUAAGAGAAAAUUUCCCAUCCUGUCAAAUUCGCUUUACUUGGAUGCAAGUUACGCGCAAUUUCACUCGGUACUGGUGCAGCAACAACUUGCCAUUCCAUCAGAAUGAUGAACUACUACAACAAUCUUGGGCGUUACAUUUAGUACCAUCAAACUUCCAAAACGAAGCUUUACGCCUAAUGACAGAGACGUCUUACUCUAUUGAAGAUAAUCAUCCCAACGUAACAAUGUUCCUUCAUCAUGUCAAACGGAUGGACCAGUUUUUGCAGUAAACUAGACCCGUCAGAGUUCAAAACGUAACGGAGGAAUUUAUUCAAAGUUUCGUACGUCACUGUAAUGAGAAAAGCGCUCUUAGUGAUACUUGUAUCAACGAACACCCUUGUGGGACUGUGUAUCGCAGCGACAGCAGUAAUAUGCGCCGCCGCGAUGACCUGGUGGUUAUGUCGUCGACGUCGUGAGCAUACAAAAUUAAGCAUGGAUAAAUCAUUGGCAUUUCGACCACCUCAUCGUAAACCAACAGCAGUUAAAAGUCCCGGAAGUACAAGUCAUUACUUAAAAAAGAGUCCAAGUCCUACAGGUCCCGCUAAAAGUCCACCUGGUUCUGGUGGGCAAACACCAAGUCCAACUGGUUCUCAACCACUUGAGCACCCUAACAAUCAUUCUUCUCAACUUAAACCACUUCCAGGAGUCAACGGUAUAACACCUCAGCAGGCAUCUUGUGAAGUAACAAUUACUACUGAAAAUGAGAAAGAUAAAGCUGAAUUUGAAUCUAGUGAAAAAGCAGAGCGUGCUUUUGUUAAUGGUCACACCAAUAAAACUGGGUUAGGACAACUAGUUUUCAAAUUACGUUAUCAGGCUGAUCAGAAUGCUCUCGCGGUGACAGUUGUCAAAUGCACAGGAUUGCCUGCGCGUGGACAUCAAACCAGUGAUCCUUAUGUUAAGCUUCAGCUGUUACCAGAUAAAGAGGACAGAGUAAAGACAAGAGUAUUAAGAAACACCCGUGAUCCUGUUUAUGAUGAAGAUUUUACCUUUUUUGGUGUUUCUCAGAGUCAACUGCAGAAAAUCAGUCUGCACUUUAUUGUGCUAAGCUUCGAUAGGUAUUCUCGUGAUGCUAUGAUUGGUGAAGUUAUAUGUAGUUUGUCUUCUAUUUUUGGAUUAGAAAAUAUGGACAACCAAGAGAUAUCAUUAUGCCGAGAGAUUUGUCCUCGAAGCUUAAAGAUCCAAUCACAAGGUAGAGGAGAGCUAUUAGUUUCUUUAUGCUGGCAGCCAGCAGCAAAUCGACUAACAGUAGUUGUUUUGAAAGCAAGAAAUUUACCAAAGAUGGAUGUUACUGGUUUGGCUGAUCCAUAUGUUAAGAUAUAUUUACUUUAUAAUUCACAACGUAUAGCUAAGAAAAAGACACACGUUAAAAAACGAACGCUUAGUCCAGUUUUUAAUGAAUCUUUUGUCUUUGAGAUACCUAAUGGUAUCGAUGGACUUGGAAAUAUUAGCUUGGAAUUUAUGCUAUUAGAUUGGGACCGUGUUACGAAAAAUGAGGUGAUUGGACGACUAGAACUUGGUGGAUCAAAAUGCCAAGGAUCAGCAUUGGUUCAUUGGAAUGAAGUUUGUAGUUCACCUAGACGACAAAUUGCUGACUGGCACAAACUUAGAGAGUAAAAUAAAAUCCUUAAUUCUACUCCCGCAAGAUUCUUCUUGUACCCAUUAAACUUUAUGAAUGAUUAUCAUAUAUAUCACUGAAUGUGGAAAAUCAAGAGAAAACAACGUAAAAUAUCAAUUUUAUAAAAACAAUACUCAGUCAGUAUAGAAACAUCAGAUAUGAUAAUGAAAUUGAGAAUAUUUUAUCGAUAGAACUUAUUCUCGUUAUUAUAUGUAAUCUUUUAUUUACGCGGCCUCAUAGUCGAUUAUAUCCUUGUCUUGCAUCAACAUUUGACAUUAAAAAAACACGCAUCGCAUAGAUGCCUUUAUCGUCAUCCCCAACUGAAUAAUGCGGAUUCAAAUCGAUUAAUUAUAAAUGACACAUAUAAUCGAUAAAUUUAUAAAUGGAAAAGUUAAGUAUCAGAUAAAAAUAAAAAGAUACGAAUGAUAUCGAAAAAAAUGACACGAAUGAAUAAAUAUAAAAUUGAACUUUUAAAUUCAAAGUAACGUAAGAGACCCAGUACCCGAUUCGGGAACGAGUACCCGAUCACUCAUGUAUUUGUAUAUUUAUAUUUACUAAAUUUUAUUAAAUAUAGAUAUACAAGUACAUGAAGUAAUCAGGUACUAGUUUCCUAAUGGGGUGCUAAAUCUUUUACUUUAUGUAAAGAAACGAUAUCAAUAUUUUUUAUUAUAAUUAUUACGCCGUGGUCUUCUGACAGCGGUUUCUUUCUCAUUAAUCGUAAAUGCGAUUGUACUUAAUGGACACGCUAAAAACGAUUCAAAAAUACUAAUAAUAAUAGUAAUAAAUAUAGUAUUUAUAAAAAUAAGAUUAAAUCAUGGAUCGUAAUACUUUACAUAUAGGUCUACUUUAUGAUUGUACAUAUGUAAUUGAUAAUAAUGAUAUGAGAACUGGGAUACAUUGUUCUGCUGAAAUAUUAUAAUAUAAUUUAAUUGUA